AUGUCUGUGCAGUACGCUCGUUACCGGCCUACAACGCCGCCACAUCUUCCUCUUGAGGAGUUCGCCGGCUCGGGUCAUAGUCGCCAGGAGUCCAACUCGUCGGUCUACUCAAGUGAGUCGUCGCCUUGGUCGACUAUCACCGGCAACACUAGUCCUACCACCUCGCCAACCAGGCACCAUCAUGGCCCGGCUCUCUUGCCUAAGAUCAGACCUCAAGAUGUUGUCAUCGAGCCAGUUUCUGCUGGUGGACCUCUUCGUUCCCGCCGGGUUCUAUCCAAUACACGGAACCCUCCCGGCUUUGUCCCUUAUACAACCACACGACCUAAUCGCCAUACCCGGGAUGUUAUCGACCGCUUGACUUUGGCAUCUCCUAUUUCACCGGCCCCCAUGGCCCAUGGCACCUGUUCUGCCUUGUCAUCACCUGUGGCUAUCACCCCAUCUCAAAGGCGCAAAGCCGUCGGUGGCCACUCGCGCUCUGUGUCGGCAUCCGGUGUCGACACAGCCACUCUGACUCGAUUUGGAUAUCCAACCUACCGUGAACUUCCAAAAUAUGUGCCACAGAUGCAUGCUCAAACCACUCCCACCACACCGGUCACUCCAAUCACUCCAACCAUCGUGGUCUACCCGUCCUACUCCCAAAGACCAGCAGCUCAGCAACCCCCAGGCACACACCCAUUGACAGUGCCAACCCCCCAAUACAAAUACCACUCGGCCUCCGCACAGCCAUCGCCAGCUUUACUGAGCCCCCAAGAGUGCCCAACACCACGCUCAACAACCCUCCUCUCCUACUUAACAAUGCCAAUCCCCCCAAUCAAUCUAGUCCGCAACGUGAGCGUAGUCCCAACCCGCGGCAUGCACGACUACUUCUGGUGGGACAUCCGUAACCUCCGGAACUGGACCUCCUUCUCCCUCCCAACCUUCGACCUAGUAGACAGCCGCCUAAUCCAACUCCUGAAAACCGAUAUCCCAGCCGAGCUCACGCCGCAGGUCUCAGUCCCCGUCGCCCAUCUAGCUCCAGAGUCCGAACCAGCCUUGGUGAACCUAAUCACAGGUCUCUAUGCUCCCCGCGUCAACGCUGCUCUAGCCGUCUCCCAGGGCCCAGACCAUCUCCAGCUCUACGCUGCCCCGGAUGUCCGUAGCACCGGCCACAAAAACCACGGCCACCCCCACUUCCUAGCGAACUACGCCUCGGACACUGAAGUCACCAGUGCUGGCCUUCCGCGCGGCCGGCUAGUCGGCAUCGUCAAGAGCUUCGAUAGAUGGAAUACAGGCAUGCGCAAUGAAGCACCACACCGCCGCGUGGAGUACCUCAACGGUCUUGCACAUCUGCAACGCUGUAUGCGCGAGCAUUCCUGUCGGUAUGGCUUCAUCAUCACAGAAAUUGAACUCGUCUGCGUCCGAGCCGGCUGCGAUGAUGGCGACGACGUUCCUUAUUUCGGAUAUUUCGAGAUCGCUGCUACAAUUCCUCUCAAGACAGCUGCUCAAGCCCCACGUCCACAACAUGCACAUAUGCAUGCGCAUGUGCAUACACAGACGCUCGCCCGUGAUGGGCCAGCACUAGCGACUCCCAUCAGCGCACGCUCAUUUUCUUCUCCCUCCUCUUCCUCGUCAUCACACUCGCCGUUCCCAGACGAAACCGAGGAAUCAUUAACAACCUCAACCUCAACCUCAACGCCAAUGACAGCAAGUCUAGCAUUAUACUUCCUACUGAUGCUAUCAAAAUCACAACCCUUGCCGCACCAGCCAUCCGCCCACCUCAACGUUGGUGGACCUGGUGCGAUGACGCGGCAGAGGGUCUUGCCAGAGGGGAAGGAUGAUUGGAUUCCGCCGCCGCAGAUUGGGGAGCGGAGGGAUGCGAAACGCGUGCGUGGGUGGGUUUGGCCUCAAGAUGCUUGGCAUCGGAGGGAGGGGAGUGGGGCGCCCAGAGCUAGGGCUGGGGUUGGGGAGGGGAAGAGAGUCAAGAGGUGGCAUAAAUAG